AUGAGCAAGUCAGCGCUCAAGGCUGUCCGGACAGCUCUGGACUCCAAGGACUUUGAGGACGCAGCUCAAAAAGCCAAGGACAUAGUGAAGCAAGAGCCUCAGAAUUAUCAUGCAAAUCUCUUUCUAGGUCUCGCGUACGACAAGUUAAAUAAGAACGAUAAUGCCGAAUCCGCAUACUUCGCCGCAACCCACGCAAAACUGGGCGACCGGGCAGCAUGGCAAGGAUUGAUCAACCUAUACGAAAAGCAAGGAAGCCAUAAGCUUGAGUCCUAUCGCUAUGCAGCUGUCAACCUUGCUCUCAUAUUCGCAGAUGAAGACGACAAGCAUCGUUGUCAAGAUGUGGUGGACAAAUAUACGAAGUUCGCCAAGAGGCAGGGCAGCCGAUCCCAACAGAAGCAAGCGCUUGAAGUGCAUUUACCAUCUAGCCCGCUAUACAACUACCUCGAAGGCCGGAUACCGCAUCCCUCCCUCACCUAUCAGCGUUUAAUCGAUAUUACCGAGGCGGAGGAAAAGGAGUUCAUAAACAGAGAGAUCGGUGAGCGGAGGACUCGGUUAGGGGCCAGAAUUGACCAAGUGACUCUGGAGGUGAAAAGGGAAGCUUUUAAGCGGAGCGAGUUGGAGCAGCUUUAUCGCGGGAUCGUGGACUGGUCUCACGAUGAUCAGGUCCGUCGCCAGUAUGAAGAAAAGCUUAUACAAAGAGCAUAUGAUACUCUUGCUGUUCUUCCGUCCGCAGAUAAAAGCACAAAGCGAGACGAAUUGUUGCGAGCCGCUCAUGACAUGGUUAUCAUCAAACACCCAUUUGAGCUUGCAUGGAAGAUUGUGCUCGAGUGGCAAGAUGUUGAGGAAUUCUCGCAGUGGGAUCUUAAUUUCUUGAAGGAAUUUAUCGAAUUCUUCCCGGAAGAUGGUCUUGCAAAGGUUCUGAAAGGCUUUUUAGCCAGCGACAUUUCUUCAUUCCCCAAGGAACAGAAAUCGCCCAAGGAAUCACCAUCAAGCGAACAGGAGCCUGAGCUUGAAAACAACGGGGAUUACCAGGAAAUGGCAGUGCAGGAUCGUUUGAUUCUCAUGGUUGAGGGUUUGGAUUCCGCCCGCUCCUCGAUUGUGGCACAUCGAAUUAUGGCUGAGCUCUACCUGUCCCUUGAAGAAUAUGAAAGUGUGGCUGAUGUCGCCCGUAAAGGACUUUUGAACAUUAAGGAUUUGGUGAAAAUGACUGGCGUGGAUCUCCAACAUACCACUGAUGCUGUGAAUAUCAUGCUUGCUAAUUCAUUGAUUUACUACCAGCUUCCUCGGAAUCAUCCGGAGGCGAAGGCGAUCUUUGAAGGCAUUCUGGAGAGAAAGCCAAAGUCUACCAGUUGCCUUCUUGGCAUUGGUUUGAUCCUCAAGGUCGAUGAAGAUUACGGUGAAGCCAUCGAAUUUUUGGAGCGUGCUCUAGAACGCGACUCACCCAACAUCAAGGUCCGGGCAGAGUUGUCAUGGUGCAGGGCGCUCAACGGAGAUCUCCAUUCUGGCCUCGAGGGGCUCCAAGGGGUUCUUUCGGAAAUUCAAGACUCGCGCAUGGAAAACCGGGACUUCAAGUCUGAGAUCCUGUACCGGAUAGGUUAUUGCCUGUGGGAGUUGAACCCGUCAUCUGCUGCACGAAAGGAUCGCCAUGGCGCAUAUGCUAGUUUCCUUGCCUCGAUACAAGCCAACAUGAAUUUUGCCCCGGCAUAUACCAGUCUGGGAAUUUACUACGCCGAUUAUAAGAGAGACAGGGUUCGUGCACGCAGGUGUUUCCACAAAGCCUUCGAGCUGUCUGCAUCUGAGGUCGAAGCCGCUGAGAGACUGGCUCGAACGUUCGCGGAUCAAAAAGAGUGGGAUCUUGUUGAGGCCGUAGCUCAACGAGUCGUGGAUUCUGGUAAAGCCAAGCCUGCCCCUGGUUCCAAGCGAAGGGGUUAUAGCUGGCCAUACGCCGCGCUUGGUACAGUUCAAGUGAACAAGCAGCAGUACUCCAAGAGUGUUGUCUCCUUCCAGGCAGCUCUUAGAAUCUCCCCAGGCGAUUACCACUCAUGGGUCGGACUGGGAGAAAGUUACCACCACUCUGGCCGAUUCAUUGCCGCUACGAAGGCUUUCGACCAUGCUCAGCAAUUGGAGGGGAACCUCUCGAACGACGAAAAGGAGAACAUUUGGUUUGCGCGGUACAUGCUCGCCAACGUGAAGCGUGAACUUGGGGAAUAUGAUGAUGCCGUUUCGAGAUACGAGGACGUCCUAAGCAUCCGACGGAAUGAGCUUGGCGUUACGAUUUCACUACUCCAGACCCUCACCGAGAACUCAUGGAAAUGUAUCGAAUCUGGGCUCUUCAACGAUGGUGCUGAGCUGGCAAGCAAAGCUAUCAGAGUGGCUACGUCACUGGUUCACGAACGAGCUGAUAUCUUCAACCUGUGGAAGGCUGUCGGAGAUGCUUGCGCAAACUUCUCUUAUAUCAAGUUGAAGGCAGAUAAAUUGCCAAUCAACGAGGUCCGGCAACUGCUCAACACCGAGCUCGAUCCAGCUGCAUUUGAUAUUCUCGCUGAUGUCGACGAGAUGGGACAAAAUUACAUUUCACUUCCGGAAGCGGAUGAAACUGGACCAUUUCCUAAGUCUGACAUUUGCGUGUAUGCCUCCAUUCUGGCAUAUAAACGCGCUAUACAUGUCUCGAUUCAAGACGUCCAUGCUCAAGCAGUCGCCUGGUACAACCUUGGUUGGGCCGAAUACCGGUCGUAUAGAUCCGUGCAGAAUCGUUCAGCCAAGAAGAGCAAGAAGCAGCCCCGCAAAUUCCUCAGGGCGGCGAUUCGAUGCUUCAAAAGAGCAAUUGAACUUGAGGCCGGAAACUCUGAGUUCUGGAAUUCCUUGGGUGUGGUUACAACGAACCUGAGCCCGAAGGUCGCGCAGCAUGCCUUCGUGCGGAGUCUCCAUCUACACGACCGGAGUGCCCAAGUGUGGGCUAACCUGGGAACUCUCUAUCUCAUUCAUAAUGACAUCCAGCUUGCCAAUGAAGCGUUUACACGCGCGCAGUCUACAGACCCAGACUAUGCACAGGCUUGGAUCGGCCAAGGACUCCUCGCCCUUCUCUUUGGAGCGCCCGGGGAGGCAAGAGGUCUUUUUGAGCAUGCCUUUGAUAUUUCGACUUCAUCGCUAGCCUUGUCUAAGCAGCAGUAUACCUCGACUCUAUUUGACCAUCUUCUGUCUGAUUCAGCCGCUUCGAAUGAGCUUUCGAACCUCAUCCAGCCAUUCUUCGCCCUCCACCAGCUUCGUUGCCAGGAUCCGUCGGAUAUGAUGUUUAUUCACCUAUCAUCCCUCCUGGCAGAGAGAAUCGGCGAAUUCUCCGACGCGAGCGCUAGCCUACAGGGUGUAUGCGCAGCUAUGGAAGAGGAAUACGAAAUCUCCGAGUCAGCUGCAUCGCUUUCCAGAUUCGCACAGGCGAACGCAGAUGUUGCACGUAUCCUUCUUGCGCGCCACGAAUUUGAGGAAGCCGCAGAGAAAGCGGAGACUGCGCUCAUGCUCUCUGGCGAAGAGGAUGCUGAGAAGUUUGAUCCCGAAAUGAACGGAAGACUACGCUUGUCGGCUCAUCUAACCGCCGGUCUGGCACAUUACUACUUGAAGUCUAUGGACCGUGCCAUUGACAUGUUCCGUGAUGCACUUCAAGAGGCGGAGAAUGCGCCGGAAGUGGUCUGCCUCCUUGCACAAGUGCUCUGGGCCAAGGGCGGAGAAGAAGAACGCGCUGUGGCUCGCCAGCAACUGUUCGAUUGCGUCGAGAACAAUCCAGACCAUGUUGGGGCAGUUACCUUGUUGGGAGCUAUUGCAUUGUUAGACUCUGACAAAGACGCCAUUGAGGCCGUCGAAUCUGACCUCCAGGGCAUGAUCACCAGGGAUGAUAUCGAUAUUCAUGGUCGGGCCAAACUAAUCAAGCUCUUGACUGCAGUUUCUACCCUGGGUCUUACCGACUCCAACAUACCAGAGGAAACCCGGCGUAUGGGUGAGGCUACAGCGGCUGUUAUGAGGGCACCCGAUCAGCCACAAGGUUGGAUGGAGCUGUCCGCAGCCUCUAAUGAGCUUCACCCCGCCGAAAUGGCUGUCAAGAGAGCAUUGCGCAGUGUCCCGCCACGCAGCAACCUUGACGCUAAUGACCUAUCCGAGGCGUUUGCACAGACCGGGAAGGCUGGUGAUGCGCUGCGGGCGAUCAUGUAUGCGCCAUGGAAAAGAGAUGGCUGGGAAGAACUGAAUCAUGUCGUGUCUGGAUCAGCGUGA